GGCACCCUUCGGCGAGCGCUGUUUGUUUAGGGCUCGGUGAGUCCAAUCAGGAGCGCAGGCUGCAGUUUUCCGGCAGAGCUGUAAGAGGCGCCUCCUCUCUCCUUUUUAUUCACCAGCAACACCGCGCAGACCCCGGACUCGCGCUCGCCUACCGGCGCCCUCGGCCUCUCUCAGCGCUCUGGAGCCCCCUCCGCCACGGCUGUUCUCCAUGCGCAGCGCCCACCCGAGGAGCUAGAAGUCAGCUAGGAGCGGCGCCGGACCGUGGAUGGCCUUGACUGACGGCGGCUGGUGCCUGCCGAAGCGCUUCGGGGCCGCGCCUGCGGACGCCAGCGACUCCGGAGCCUUUCCAGCGCGGGAGCCCUCUACGCCGCCUUCCCCCAUCUCCUCCUCUUCUUCCUCCUGCUGCUCUCGCGGUGGGGAGCGCGGCCCCGGCGGCGCCAGCAACUGCAGGACACCGCAGCUCGACACGGAGGCGGCGGCGGGACCCACGGCCCGCUCGCUGCUGCUUAGCCCCUACGCCUCGCAUCCCUUCGGGGCUCCCCACGGACCUUCGGCGCCGGGGAUCUCUGGCCCCGGGGGCGCCCUGUCGAGCUGGGAGGACCUAUUGCUCUUCACUGACCUCGACCAGGCCGCGACCGCCAGCAAGCUGCUGUGGUCCAGCCGCGGCGCCAAGCUGAGCCCUUUCGCCCCCGAGCAGCCCGAGGAGAUGUACCAGACCCUCGCCGCCCUCUCCAGCCAGGGGCCCGCCGCUUACGACGGCGCGCCCGGCGGCUUCGUGCACUCGGCGGCCGCCGCGGCUGCGGCCGCGGCCGCGGCGAGCUCCCCAGUCUACGUUCCCACUACGCGCGUGGGCUCCAUGCUGCCCGGCCUGCCGUACCUCCAGGGGGCGGGCGGCGGGCCAGCCAAUCACGCGGGCGGCGCGGGCGCGCACCCCGGCUGGCCCCAGGCCUCCGCCGACAGCCCCCCGUACGGCAGUGGAGGCGGCGCGGCGGCCGGCGGGGCGGCGGGGCCCGGCAGCGCCAGCUCCGCCGCGGCGCACGUUUCGGCGCGCUUCCCCUACUCGCCCAGCCCGCCCAUGGCCAACGGCGCGGCUCGGGACCCGGGCGGCUACGCGGCGGCCGGCGGCGGGGGCGCGGGCGGCGUGAGCGGUGGAGGCGGCAGUCUGGCGGCCAUGGGCGGCCGCGAGCACCAGUAUGGCUCGCUGUCGGCCGCGCGGCCGCUGAAUGGGACGUACCACCACCAUCACCACCACCACCCGAGCGCCUACUCGCCCUACGUGGGUGCACCGCUGACGCCCGCCUGGCCCGCCGGACCCUUCGAGACCCCGGUGCUUCACAGCCUGCAGAGCCGCGCCGGAGCCCCGCUCCCUGUGCCGCGGGGCCCCAGCGCAGACCUGCUGGAGGACCUGCCUGAGAGCCGCGAGUGCGUGAACUGCGGCUCCAUCCAGACGCCACUGUGGCGGCGGGACGGCACCGGCCACUACUUGUGCAACGCCUGCGGCCUCUACAGCAAGAUGAACGGCCUCAGCCGACCCCUCAUCAAGCCGCAGAAGCGCGUGCCUUCCUCCCGCCGGCUUGGAUUGUCCUGUGCCAACUGUCACACCACAACCACCACUUUGUGGCGCAGAAACGCCGAGGGUGAACCUGUGUGCAAUGCUUGUGGACUCUACAUGAAACUCCAUGGGGUGCCUCGACCGCUUGCUAUGAAAAAAGAGGGAAUUCAAACGAGGAAACGAAAACCUAAGAACAUAAAUAAGUCAAAAGCUUGCUCCGGUAAUAGCAAUACUUCUGUUCCCAUGACUCCAACUUCCACCUCUUCUAACUCAGAUGACUGCAGCAAAAAUACUUCCCCUACGACACAACCGACAGCCUCAGGGGCAGGCGCCUCAGUGAUGUCUGGAGCAGGGGAGAGCGCUAAUCCCGAGAACAGCGAGCUCAAGUACUCAGGUCAAGAUGGGCUGUACAUCGGCGUCAGCCUGGCCUCGCCGGCCGAAGUCACGUCGUCGGUGAGACAGGAUUCCUGGUGUGCCCUGGCCCUGGCCUGAGCGGCCGCGGGUAACAGGAGGAGGACACGGCCAGGGCCCACGGGACCGCCUUCGUGAUCUUCUUGACAAGCAGUCCGGACUGGGCUGAGGAUGCCGACUGGACAUCUUCCUCUGACACAGGAUUUCCGUGCCUUUAUUUGAAAGAGAUGUAUCUCCCGUGAGGCUUGCUCAGCCUUUAGCACCCUGGCCCUGUCUUGAAGACCCAGGGAGAAGAUGGACCGGCUCGGGAGAAGGGCCAGAGCAGCCCACAGCCUCCCUGGCCACGGCCGCUUCCGGGGUCGGCCAGGGGAUUUGAUGUCCAGUGUGCCACUUCCAGAAACCUGGACUAGGAACCGGGGCCUUGCCUGCUAAGGAAUAUUGAGAGAGAUUUUUAAACAAAAGUUUUAUGUGUAUUGCCCCAAUUCCUGUGCAUCUUCUAAUCGGUUUUGGUUAUUCCAGAAUUUCUUCAUACCUUUUCCGCCCCCAGAUUUCACAUGCGUUCGUGGAGAAGACCAUUCGUUUGGUACACGCCUCUGGAGGCUGAGUCGGUUCUUGAGGUCUCCUGUCAAAAAUAUCACUCGGUUUGCAGGACUGCAUCGUAACUGUAACAUACACUGUGACUGACGUUUCUCAAAGUUCAUAUUGUGUGACUGACCUGAAGUCAGUCUGAAUUUGUAAACAGGGUAGCAAACAAAAGAUAUUUUUCUUCCAUGUAUACAAUAAUUUUUUUUAAAAGUGCAAUUUGCGUUGCAGCAAUCAGUGUUAAAUCAUUUGCAUAAGAUUUAACAACAUUUUUUAUAAUGAAUGUAAACAUUUUAACUUAAUGGUACUUAAAUAAUUUAAAAGAAAAAAUGUAAACUUAGACAUUCUUAUGCUUCUUUUACAACUACAUCCCAUUUCUAUAUUUCCAAUUGUGAAAAGAGAAAUAUUUCAAGAACAAAUCUUCUCUCAGGUAAAUUGCCUUAUCCAUUUGUUAAGAAUUUUUGUACAAGAACACCAAUAUCUUCCCUUUAUUUUACUGUGGAAUAUGUGCUGGAAAAAUGGCAACAAAACUUUACUACCUAACAGAUAACAUUUGUAAAUACUCUAGGCAUCUGUACACACUAUGAUGAGGUCUCUGUAGCGUGACUAACCCACAGGCAGGUUGGUUUACGUUAAUUUUUUAAAAAAUGGGAUGUCAUAUGGAAACCUAUUUCACCAGAGUUUUAAAAAUAAAAAGGGUAUUGUUUUGUCUUCUGUACAGUGAAUUCCUUCCCUUAUAGUUUCAUUUUGAUACUGUAUGUGGCUAUAGCUAUUCAUAUAAAGCAAGUACAUGUGAUGUUUGCAAA